UUAUCACCUAAAUGGUUCAGCUUUUAGGACGCGUAUUCUACGUUUACUGAUCAUUUACGCGCAUUUUUCAUCUUUUCUUCUUUAUAAAUUUAUACAACUACAAGUUUUAGAAUGACGAUUUCAACUUUUCUGUUUUACAUGUGAACCUCAGUUUAAGGAUUUCGUGCAACAUAAGAUGGACACAAAAAAUGAGGAUGAUUGGCAAGUUCAGGGCAGUGAUGAUGAGAAGUAUGACCCUGGUAAAAAAGGCAAUGGCACCUGGUGCCCUCUGCCGGAAGAUAUUAUAAAGCUGUAUGAUGCUUUAGCAAAAGAGAAAGUUUUAAAGCUGGAGUGGAAAUGUCCUGGCAGAUAUUUACCAAAGGCAGAUAAAUCCACAGAAAAUGUGGAAAUGAAGGAAGAAGCAAAACCUGAGCCCAUUCAGCAGCCCAAAGAGGAUUCAAAAAAAGUGCAAUCAACAGAGUUCGACUUUGAUGAUGAUGACAUUGGGACCACAACAAAAGUUACACCUCAAAGAUUACCCAGUAACAGGACUCCCAGAACCCAGAAAAAAGUGGCAACUAUGGAUAAAAUAUUACAGGAUGUUAUGAAGCAAAGAAUACAAAACUCGGCUGACCGUGAGGCAAAGCGACGACUUCAGAGAUCUCCGCGGACCCCAGGAUCCACUCCAGUGAAGCCCUCAGUAGCAUCAGCGGGAUCCAGCAACCUUCCCAAGCCCCCGGUGUCUGAGAUUUCUCCCACCUCAGCUGUGGGAAAUAGUUCUAGUUCUGCAGUUAUGUCAUUAACAAGUGCAGAAAGUUCAGAUCCAAAACCCCAGGAGAUGGACACAACAGCACCCUCAUCAGAGGCCCAAAACACAACAGUAAAGUGACUGUGAAAAUGUGUUUCCAUUUUGUUUGUUUGAUCUUAUGUUUGGACUACAUGUGAAAUUGUGAUAUAAAGAGUCCUUCAGUAUCACAUAAUUCCUGUUUUGUUUCUUUGAUGUGAUGAUCACCAGUUAUAAUGCAAAAUACUGUACUAUGUACUAUUUUUGUGCCUUUAAAAUUUGGAGCAAUUGGAUCGGUUCACAGUUGCACUACUUGACAUGAUCCUAAUAUAGUGCCUGUUCUGUGUCUGAUAGUGGAUGAACAUCAGUGCAGCCAUUUACUGGUAAUUAGCAUUAAUUCAGCAUGUUGACAUGAAAUGAGUUUCUUGACAUGUUGACUUGUACUGAGUCUCUAGAUUUGAACGGAGUCUCAACAUUUUUCAGUGUGGACUUUUUAUGUAAAUAAAAAUAUCAAGACAAA